AUGAGACAAUGGAGAGCACUCAGACAAUUCACUUUGAGUACAGGGAAGUCUGCUGGUAGGAAUUCCUCAGGGCGUAUUACGGUUUUUCACCGAGGGGGUGGAUCGAAGCGAUUGCAGCGAAGAAUUGAUCUGAAACGAAGCACUUCGUCUGUAGGCAUUGUAGAAAGGAUAGAAUAUGAACCUAAUCGUUCUUCUCGAAUCGCUCCAGAACGAGGCCAGGCACCUCCCGCCCUUUUUGGGUAUUUUGGAGAAACAAAUGCUGCUGGAAAAAAAGAUAGAAGCAGCAUUGGUGCGGGAUGGGUUUCCCCCCCAUAUGGUUCUGGCUUGGAGAUCGAAAGAGAUGGCACUCGUCAGAGCCAGCCCUAUCUUAGGCUGGUUCCGACGAUCCGCAAUUCGGAGAUUCUCUAUGGGACGAGAAAUAGGAGACCCCCUUUUUGGCCUUUCUAA